AUGAGAAAGCAUAAAACUACAAUCGUAUAUAAAGAAGAAAAUGAGUAUGAAUGUAAUAAGAAUGGUUUAAAAAUUUCUGUUCCUCCAAAGGAAUUUCUACUUGUUUUAACAAUACAACAUAACUGGACUACAUCAUUUAGUUCAUUAAUUGUAGAUUUCAAUUCCAACGAAUUGCUUCCAAAUUAUCCAGCGGAAAUAUUAACAAAUUACAAUGAAAAAAGAUUUGGAGAUCUUUUAAUUUGUUAUAAAUCCGAUCUACCAAGACCAGUAUAUUCAGAUAUUCCUGUAGUUUCCACUCCAGAAAACCUUCCUUUUUGUUGUCCUGAUAAACUAACCCCAAACAAACAAAUACGUAUAGAAAAGGAAAUAGCAUUUUCAGAUUUUCUAAAAUCUUCAGGAACCUAUCCAAAUUAUAUAUUUGAAAUAACGAUUAACUGUGUAAAUUAA